GUCGGCUCGCCGCUCUGGUCCCGCGCCCCGGCCUUCGUCCAUCUCCUCGCAGCGGUCUGUACCUGGGUGGAAGGCUGAGGUGCAGGCAGUCAUGGCGCUGCGUGCUGCCGUGUUCGACCUGGACGGGGUCCUGGCGCUGCCCUCGCUCGCCAGCUCCUGGGACCGUGCGGAGGAGGAGCUGGCGCUGCCCAGUGGCUUUCUGAAUGGAGCUUUCGUGAAGGGAGGCCCAGAUGGUUCCAGUGCCCGCAUGAUGAAGGGAGAGAUCACAUUUUCCCAGUGGAUGCCAUUCAUGGAAGAAAACUGCAGGAAAUGUUCUGAGGACUCUGGAAUCUGCCUCCCUGAGAAUUUCUCUAUAAAUCAGAUCUUUGGCAAGGCACUUGCAGCAAGAAAGGUCAACGACCCCAUGCUUAAGGCAGCUCUCACUCUCAAAAAGAAGGGAUUUACAACCUGCAUCCUCACCAACAUCUGGCUGGAUGACAGCACCCAGAGAGGCAGCCUGGCCCAGACGAUGUGUGAGCUCAGGCCGCACUUCGAUUUCCUGAUUGAGUCAUGCAGGAUCGGAAUGGCCAAGCCUGACCCUCAGAUCUACAAGUUCGUGCUGGACGUCUUGAAGGCCAGCCCCAGUGAGGUGGUUUUCUUGGAUGACUUCGAAGUUAAUCUGAAGCCGGCCCGUGACCUGGGGAUGGUCACCAUCCUCGUGCGUGACACUGACACUGCCCUGAGGGAGCUGGAGAAAGUAACCGGGGUGCAGCUUCUCCAAACUGCAGCCCCCCGACCGAUCCCCUGCGAUCCAAGCACCGUGAGCCAUGGGUACGUGCCCAUAAAGCCUGGGAUGUGUCUGCAUUUUGUGGAGCUGGGCUCUGGCCCUGCCGUAUGCCUCUGCCACGGAUUUCCGGAGAGCUGGUUCUCUUGGAGGUACCAGAUCCCUGCUCUGGCCCAGGCGGGCUUCCGGGUACUAGCGGUGGACAUGAAAGGCUACGGAGAGUCAUCUGCUCCUUCUGAAAUAGAAGAAUAUUCCAUGGAAGUGUUAUGCAACGACAUGGUCACCUUCCUGGAUAAGUUGGGCAUCGCUCAAGCUGUGUUCAUUGGCCACGACUGGGGUGGCAUGCUGGUGUGGAAUAUGGCUCUUUUCUACCCCAAGAGAGUGAGGGCAGUGGCCAGCUUGAAUACUCCCUUCAUACCAGCAAAUCCCAAAGUGUCCCCAAUGGAGAGAAUCAAAGCCAAUCCUGCCUUUGAUUACCAGCUCUACUUCCAGGAACCAGGAGUGGCAGAGGUUGAACUGGAACAGAACCUGAAUCGGACUUUCAGAAGCUUCUUCAGAGCAAGUGAUGAGACUUUUCUCACCACGAACAGAGUCUGUGAAAUGGGAGGACUCUUUGUGAGUACGCCAGGGGAGCCCAGCCUCAGCAAGAUGGUCACCGAGGAGGACAUCCAGUUCUACGUUCAGCAGUUCAAGAAGUCUGGUUUCAGGGGACCUCUAAACUGGUACCGAAACAUGGAAAGGAACUGGCAGUGGGGCUGCAAAGGCUUGGGAAGGAAGAUCCUGGUGCCGGCCCUGAUGGUCACCGCGGAGAAGGACUUCGUGCUCGUUCCUGAGAUGUCCAAGCAUAUGGAGGACUGGAUCCCCCACCUGAAAAGGGGUCACAUUAAGGACUGUGGACACUGGACACAGAUGGAGAAGCCCACAGAGUUGAAUCAGAUCCUCAUUGAGUGGCUGGAGACCGACGCCAGCGACCCACCGGGGGUGUCGAAGCUUUAGGGUGUGACGUGUGUCAGCCGCCAGCAGGCAGUCCAACCGCUCCAUCUGCUGGGGCGCUUCUCUGGUACCCGGAUGGGGCCUUACCCGCAUCUCUCAAAACCAGCAGCGUCGUUCUCAAGGGGUUUGCAGCAAAGAGUGAUUUUCUCUAAAUGAAAUGAGUCAGAUUUGACAUAAUUUUAGAUAUAGGAAAAAUCACGUGUGAUUAAUCCUCUGGGUAUAAACGUAUCGCUUUAUGUCUAAGGAUGGUUAGUGUUCUGUGGGGGACAGAACGGGAUGGCCAGGGGGUGAUUUCUCUUGAUAAUCAAGUCAGCGUUUUGAUGAUGCAAAAUCAGCAAUUUAGAAGCUUUUCAGCAGAGAUGGGAACUCCUUUAUGCAAUAAAAUGAAGACAACUGGC